AUAUGUAGAUAAAUUUUUAAAGCAAAGUUGAAGUUAAUUAAGUGAACAAGCGAUCGUUAUAAAAUGAAAAUAAGAAUAACUUGUUUGGUUUUGGCAACACUGCGUAUUUUGCCUACUUUGGCUAGCUCAACCGUAACUACCGACAACAUUACUUCUCCAAAAACUACUAUAAGUCCAUCUCAUAACAUUUCUGACCCUACAAAACCUAUACAAAAUAAGGAAAGCUCCACCGGAGCCAGUCCGAGACAGGGAAGUGAAGAACGACAACAGGAAGAGAGAGAACUACGUGAAAAAUUUGAGAAGAAGGAAAGAAAAUAUUAUGAUAAGCGCAUUACAAAUCUAGAAAAAAAUAUCCAAAAUAUGCUUGCUAACCUUUACUUAUCUGCAUCUAAAAAAAUGGAGCUUAAUGUCGCCCUAGCAUUACUAAGAAAAGCUGUCAGCAAUAAAGAUAUCGAUGUCAAAAAAUUUGCCUAUAAAGAAGCAUUUGACAUAAUCGUCCGUGUCCUGCCUUAGCAAUUAAGCGACUGACUAUUUGGGCUUUUCUUCUAAUUAGCAGCAAAGUAUGUUUCAAACACCGUAAUGGUACAUUAAUUUAUAUUUGCCAAUAGCCAGUCAAAUAUAUGUAUAACAUGUUUAAUAUUUAAUUAGAUUUUUAGUUGAUAUCUCUGUAAUAACUUUUAUUGUGAAUUUAACGAAAUUUUUGGGCACGACGUUGCAAAUGUGAA